AUGGGCAACCGCCCCUCGCGCCCCGCAUCCCUCCUACGCCCAACGACCCCGCUGUCCCUCUUCACGUUCUACCACACCCGGCCCGAGCUGUACGCGCUGCUGCCCAAGGUCGUAGCCUACGCAGGCAGCUACCCGAUCCUGCUCGUGCAGUGGGGUACCCGCGCCAUCCGCUUCUCCUCCGACGGCGGCGCGUUCGUCGUCCGCGCCGCCGUGGAGCAGUUCAGCCCGUUCGUCGUGCGCCUCGACCGCGAGUGGCCUUCCUGGCGGGGGGACUACCGCGCCCUCAGCAAGUUCCGGCGCGGGUACGAGUACAUCGAGUGCGAGGCAUAG